UUUUUCCUGCCGCACCGCUUCGUUCUAUAAUUUUCUCUCAAUCCUUCUCAUUGACUGCCCUAACCUGUCCUGGCUGCGAUCUUUAUGUUUUUCUCUCUCCUUUCUAAGCCGGUUGUAUCCGACUGAAGCGUACUCUUAAUAGCUUUUUCUUUUCUUCCUACGAAUCCACCCCCGGCGGCGAAGUAAAAAACAAAAAAAAAACGGACACUUUCUGUCAACGUAUGUUUGUAUAUAGGAGGACCAGAUAGGAAGAAGUGUCUAUAAUGUAUAUAUAUAUACACACCUACUACACACGUUAUAACUAUGUUACGUAUAACGAAGCCUUAUGUAUUUAAUUGAACACCUGUUAUUAAUUAUUUUUAAUAAUUAAACACUAGAAACACCCCCUCUUCUCCUCCCCUCUCUCUCCUAUAUAUACACACACGCUUCUAUAUAUUUAUCAUUAAUACCAAUUCCAUGGAACCCUCAAAUAUUAUCAGUCGGUUACGGCAAUUUGAUGCCUAUCCGAAGACCUUGGAAGAUUUCCGAGUGAAGACUUUCGGUGGAGCAAUUGUUACGUUGAUCAGCUCCAUGUUGAUGUUCAUCCUGUUCAUAUCAGAGCUCAACUAUUAUCUCACCAAAGAAGUUCAUCCAGAACUGUUUGUCGACACAUCCAGGGGACACAAAAUACCCAUCCACAUCGAUGUUACCUUCCCGAGGCUGGCAUGCUCACUUCUCAGCACUGACGCCAUGGAUGCGUCGGGUGAACAACAGAUCGAUGUGGAUCACAACUUGUUUAAGCGUCGGCUCACCUUGGAUGGAGAACCCAUCUCUACUGAUGUGGAGAAACAAGAGACUCCCAAAAAAGUGAUAGGAGGGAAGAAAGUCAACGUAACAGAGAACCCGGAAAAAGCUCUGUUAGAUCCAAACCGCUGUGAAAGUUGCUACGGUGCUGAAACGGUAUCUGACAGCUGUUGUAACACUUGCGAAAGUGUCCGUGAAGCGUACAGAAAGAAAGGAUGGGCUUUCAAGCCUGCAGAGGUGGAGCAGUGCCAGAGAGAGGGCUGGGACGAAAAGAUGAAGGAGCAGCAGAACGAGGGCUGUCAGCUCUUCGGUACAUUGGAGGUCAACAAGGUUGCUGGAAAUUUCCAUUUUGCACCUGGGAAAAGUUUUAAUCAGCACCACGUACAUGUUCAUGAUUUGCAAUCUCUGGGUGGACAAAAGUUUAACAUGACACACAAAGUGAAGACAUUAUCGUUUGGGAAACCUUAUCCAGGAAUUAUGAAUCCAUUGGAUGGUGUACACGUAAUGGCAGACAAAGAACAAAUGAUGUUUCAGUAUUUUGUGAAGAUCGUACCAACAAUGUAUGUAAAAAUUGAUGGCAGUAUUGUGCAUAGCAACCAGUUCUCAGUGACCCGACAUUCCAAAGUGGUCUCUUCAGGAUUCGGCGACUCUGGACUACCAGGAAUGUUCAUUAUGUAUGAACUCUCUCCAAUGAUGGUCAGUUAUACAGAGAAACAGAGAUCUUUCAUGCAUUUUCUCACAGGUGUCUGUGCAAUAAUAGGUGGGAUAUUUACAGUGGCGGGACUCAUCGAUUCCAUGAUUUACCAUUCAUCGAGAGCAAUUCAGAAAAAGAUAGAACUCGGAAAAGCUUCCUGACACUUGACUCAAUAAAUUCCUCUUCGGAGAUUAAAAAAAAAAAAAGACAAAAAAUUCAGAAAAACU